AUGUUGAAGGCCCUCACACCACAGGCCACCGCCGCCAAAAAGGGGGAUAACAAUGAUAGCGAGCUUGCUUCCUCUGACGACCAUGACGCUCAAGUUGGUCAACUCCGACAAGCACAAGAUGCCAAACGACAGAUCGGGGUCGUGUCUGCCACUUUCCUCGUCGUCAACCGCGUCAUCGGCACCGGUAUCUUCGCAACACCGGGCUCUAUUCUAGCGUUAUCUGGCAGUGUUGGCCUUUCACUGUUCAUGUGGCUAGCUGGCGCAAUCAUCGCCCUCGCCGGGACCGCCGUGUAUCUGGAGUUUGGAACCGCCAUUCCACAAAACGGGGGCGAGAAGAACUACUUGGAAUACGUCUAUAGGAGACCAAAGUUCCUGGUCACUGGCCUGUACACCGGUUAUGUGGUCUUGCUCGGCUGGGCUAGUGGUAACUCAGUCAUCUUUGGCGAAUAUAUUCUUCACGCAGCUCAAAUUGAAGUGGACCGGUGGAACCAGCGGGGGAUUGGCAUUGCCUGUAUCACGGCCGCGUUUCUCAUCCACGGUACGGCGCUCAAAUGGGGUAUUCGCCUCCAGAACUUUCUUGGAGCUAUCAAGGUCAUUAUCAUCCUCAUCAUCGUCAUCACUGGCUGGGUUGCCCUUGCGGGGCACCUCAAGCUCCCCGAGGAGCGCCGACCACAUAACUUCACCAACGCGUUCGAGGGAACGACAGGAAGUGCCUAUGGCGUUGUCACGGCCCUGUAUAACGUAAUCUGGAGUUUUGUCGGCUUCAGCAAUGCUAACUACAGCCUAUCGGAGAGACACACGCCCCCGUGCGUACCCUUAAGAUUGCCGGCGCCAAUGGCCAUCGAGACAAUUUCGAUCCUCUACAUGCUUGUCAACGUCGCAUACUUCGCUGCGGUCCCCAAAGAGGAAAUUCUCGAAGCCCGGCGGCUCGUUGCUGCGUCCUUGUUUAGAAACGUCUUUGGUGGCACUGCCGAGCGUGCGCUCUCGGUGUUUGUCGCGCUCUCGGCGUUCGGCAAUGUGCUCAGCGUCAUAUUCUCGCAGGGCCGGCUUGUGCAAGAGCUGGGGCGUGAGGGCAUUCUCCCCUUCUCUCGGAUCUGGGCUAGCAACCGCCCAUUCAAUGCCCCCACUCGCCCGGCCUCUUCGAACAUUGGCUUGUUUCCGUCAUUAUCAUGCUUGCUCCCCCACCCUGGGGAUGCGUACGACUUUAUUUUGAAGUGA